GGCAAUGAGCUGUGUGGGUAUUUGAGGGCAGAGGGACAGCCAGUGAGGCACAUCUAGAAGGCUCAUAUGGCUGGGGCCCUGGGAGUCAGGAGGACAGUGAUGAGAAAGGGUCACAGGAACCUGGGCACAUGGUACGACGUCCCGUGCCAAUUCCUAGGUAUUUGCAAAAAUUGUGCGGCCGAGCGCUCUCGAAGGUCGUGGGCGGCGAGGAGGUGGAGGAAGGCGAGUGGCCGUGGCAGGUGAGCCUGCGGAUCAGCGGCAGGCACGUGUGCGGGGGCACCCUCAUCACGGAGCAGUGGGUGCUGACGGCCGGCCACUGCAUCUUCAGGCGACACGAUUACAGCGUCAAGAUGGGCGAUCGGAGUGUCUUCCAGGAAAUCACCAGCGUGGUGGUCCCGGUCAAAAGCAUCACUGUCCACCCGCGGUUCACCACGAUUGGAACCAUUCACCAUGAUCUGGCCCUUCUCCAGCUUAACUACCCAGUGAAUUUCACCUUCACCAUCUUCCCCAUUUGCAUCCCUGACGUGACUUUCAAAGUGGCAGUUGGGACCAGGUGCUGGGUGACCGGAUGGGGCAGAAAACAAGAAAUCGGUGGUGAACUGGCUUCAUUUACUCUCCAGAAGAUUGACCAGUACGUCAUCUACUAUGAUAAGUGUAACGAGAUGAUGAAGAAGGCCAUGUGGAAGACCAGGGACGUGGUGCUGCCAGGGAUGAUCUGCGGCUACAAAGGCGUGGGGAAGGAUUCUUGCCAGGGAGAUUCUGGGGGCCCCCUGGUCUGUGAAUAUGACGACACGUGGGUCCAGAUGGGGAUCGUGAGCUGGGGCUUCGGCUGUGGUCGUAAAGACGUGCCUGGAGUUUACACAGAUAUUGCGUUCUAUGCUAAGUGGAUCGUCGCAGUGGUGAACCAGGCUGCCGUUCUGUACCCAGUGGUGCUCCUCAUCCUGCCCCUGUGUCUGGGGCUGCCCCUGGGCCUCCUGGCGACCCCGUGAUCACCCAUCACUGCCACACGCUCCCCUCCUGGUUCCCAGGCUCCUCCGGGACCUCUCCUCCCGCUCCUCAGCGCCCUCCCCUCACUUUCCUGUUGGGACCCACUGACCCUGCGGAGAGCCACACAACAGAGAGCAGAGGCAAGACUGGGGUCCUGAAAGCGUCCCUGCCUGGUCCCCAGGCCCUUGCCUCCGCCCCGCCCCCACCCUGCCAGGAGGGAGGGGUGGAACCACCCAGCUCCGGGGCCAGCUGACCUGCCAGGCGGAUCAGGCGCUGUGAGGACGUCUCGGAGCACAUCUGCCGAGGAGGAGACGUCAUCCACCGAGGACACCUUAGACCUGACACUUCGUCCAGCCGGUCGGCUUGCUGACUGUCCAGAGGGAGUGAAGGAGGUGUCACCCUGUCCCUGCUGUGCUGUGGUUUCUGCAGGACUCGGGUGUCUGGGGCAGGGGGAAGCUCCCUGCACCCCAGUGCAGAUCCACCUGUGAGUGGCCAGGCUCUGCCACGCCAGCCUUCCUGGGUCAGCCCCUUUCCCGAACCCCGUUCCUCAGCGUCCUGGCGGCCACAUGCAGGCUCAGCCCGAGUUGUGUUGAGGCGUGAAGGAGCUCGGAGAUUUCUGAUGUCAGUUGAAUAAAUGUUUGGAGGCU